CCCCGACACCACUCACCUCCUCUUCCGCCAGCUGGCGGCCCGCGAUCUCAGACACGUCUCGACGCGCACCCCGACACUCCUAAUUCGCGCCCCUUCUCUUCUUCACCAUAGCAAGCUCUUCUCCCCUGUGACACACUCCUUGCCACCUAUACCGCCAAAAUAGUCGGCUUCAACGCGAGAUACCCUAAUGGCAGAAGCUGUGGCAAUGAAUUCCCUCCCAAACGAUAUGGAGGACAGGAUCUGUCCGGGAUGCAAACUCUCGGCCGUUAGCGAGGGCGGAGGUUAUGUCGUCGCAUUCGGUCAAUCCUUCUUCCACGUAGAUUGCUUCAGAUGCGCCAAGUGCAGCAAUCAGGUCACCGCGGAUACCAACCUCUUGCUUCUCUCGGAUGGAUCUCCUAUAUGUGCGGACUGUUCCUACAACUGCAAUGUUUGCCAUCAGCCAAUUCUCGACGAGGCUAUCAUGACCGGAGACGACUCGUAUCACGCACACUGUUUCAAAUGCAAAGUUUGCAACGGACGCAUAGAUGAACUCAUAUUCGCAAAGACAAGUCAUGGCAUCUACUGUAUGAACUGUCACAAUGAACGUAUGGCCAAGAUCAGACGCCAUGCUCAACGCAAGAGAGAGAAGGAAAAGAAUGCCGUUGCGGGUGCCGUCACUCCGACGCGUGAACCAGAAGGCAAAGACUAUUUCAAGGAAAACUCGCAGGUCUCGAAUCAUCUCUCUAGUAACUCUCCACAACCCCAGACACUCAGAGGCUCAGGAUCGACCAGCUUCCGCGAAGCACCAUCCAUGUUGAGCUCCAGUAGUUCACCCAUGGAGGGUCCAUCAACCCCGGCGCGGAAGCGGAAGUCGCUGCAGCAGGGGGAUGAUAGACCGGGACCGAGUGGAGGGGCUGGACUGACCAAGCAGGGCUCAUCCUCCGGCCUGUCCACCCCCCAGCCGCUGAGAUCGUCGCCGUCGUCGAAUGCUGAUGUUUCGCGGUCACCGUUGACGGUCACCGUUGCACCUCCCGAACUUGGUCGAGAUGGCAACGUUGUUACAAGUGCGCCUAAGCUCGCAACGACUCUCAACUCUGUAGGCACUCUUCGUCCAGAACCUUUGCGGCCUCCACCCAACUCAACGUCACCAAAGGCUGGAAUGGGUGGUUCUCUUGACCCAUCAAGCGCAGCUGGCCCCAAUGGCCUUUUGCCGCGUAGAAAAAGCUACGAUGAUGGUGUGAGGCCGCUAGACGUUCUCUUGAAGAGUCCGGAUAAACGAUCACCCUCCGAACGGCCAUCUACCGCAGAUGCGACGGGUGCCUUAACAGUACCCAAUGGCAACACUCCCGAACGGCGUCCUGUCAAACCCGGACUUGCUCUCGACUAUGGCAAGAUUUCACGACCCGUGACCGCACCUGGCCCCGUCAACCCGGAGUCAGUCGUCCGCUCGCAGACAUUAUCUACUGGAAGCGACAACUCGUCGGUAUCUUCGCCGCUGAGAUCAUACUUCUCGGAGUCAAGACGGGGUUCUCAAAGCUCAUCAGUUUACCACUCACCUGCGGCUUCACCUGGACCUACGGAGUCAAGCAAAUUCCCUCCAGAAGGGACUCGCGCGCGUGCGCUGUCAGAAGAUACUCAAUCCUCACCAGCUCAUGUUCGCUCUGGCUCUCCUCUACGACCCAAGAUUCGCGCGAACAACACCCUUGAGCGAGUCCCCAUGCGUUCGGAUAGUCUCGGCAAUGCUACAGAAGCUGCAAAGGUCAUGCAGCCGUCCGAGGACAGACUGUCACCCAACGAGUACCGCAAUGACCGCGCUGCACGAAUCAACGGUAUGCAAUCUACAGGUAUUACCCUUCCUCCUCGCCACGUGAACGACCGGCCAGGCCUAGUAAGCCCUGUGUCCCCGUCUCAUCCAACAGACGUUCCGCACGGUGUCGAGAGUGAUACUGAUGACAGUGGGCGAAAUUCCGAAGGAGACAAGCCAAGUGCAUCCGAACCACCAACGUUACCGCCUAAACAGGCACAAAAUGCUGAGAAGUUGCCAUCCGUACUCGAUUUGAGGCCCGAUCCGAAGUCAUCAACGUUGAACGAGUUGGAAGAUGGCGAGUCGUCGCCUACCGUGGAGCGCCAGUCUAUAUCGACCUAUAUCGCCCCUGCUUUGCCCCCCAUUCGCUUCUCCCUGUCAAACUCGGAUUUCUCGGACUUCCUCAAGUCGAUGCAUGGCACCCCGACUCUGAAGCCGUUGAGUGAACUUGGGCGAGGUGAACAUGACAGUUUAUCGAGACAGGAUAUCCCCGCUCGUUCUCAGAUCGCCGAGAAUGGGAAGCAGUCAGUUACAUCAACUCCUCCCAAGUCACAGCAGCAAUCUAGGCCUUCAACGAGUUCGUCUAUCGACGCAACGUUGGCGUUCAUCAACUCAGAAACUUUUGAUGAAGCUGCUAGGAUGUCGAAGGACCUUGCAAGCCGUGGGCGUGCUUCCUCAGAGUCACAAUCCGCAUCUGCAACUCAACAGCGUCCUCGACUGGAGUCUAACGCUUCCUUGAUGAAUCUGUCCAAUGGUUCCAAGGUGACUAUCACACCGGGGCAGCCACCCUCAACAACGCCAAGCCCUGUGAAUACUUCAGCACAGCUAGUAUCCCGGAGACUGAAAGAAGCACUGACUGAUGCAACAAACCGCGGAGCACCGCACCUGAAGCUAGACAAGCGUUUCGUGGAAACCAUCAUGAACGUUCUCGACCAAUAUGAGAGUGAUCUGAUAGAAUUGCGAGGAAAAUACGAUAAGACCAAGCGUGCGAGUCAGCAUUACAUUGAGGGAUUGUCUGUUGCUCAGAAGGAGUACGAAAACGAAGUACAGCUCCGGCAGGACGUGCAAGCUCAGAAUGCUCGCUUGCGCGUCUUGCUUUCUGGCCAGGUUGCCAAAAUGUCUGUCAUGAACGGGGAAGCAAGGAAGCGAGAGACUCGAAUACAGCUCUCGCAGGAGCUCGAGACCAACUUGGGCAUAUUGGAGACGGAUUUGUCGAAGCUCAAAGUCCAGCGCGACAUCGCCAUGGCCGAGGUAGAGGAGCUGGUCUCGUCUAAGAGCUCAAGCACAGCUGUCGGCGCUGGCGAAGUCCCGACAGGUCAAAUGAGUCGCUCGCUUACCAUGCGUCUAGAGAACAUUAAGACCAAGUACCAGCAAGACCUUGUCCCGCUCACGCAACAACGUGAGGCACUUCUGCGGGAGGUUGCUGACCUGAAGGCGGCUAAAGAGCAGUUCCUGGAGGAGACGGCGGCUUUGAAUGCUCGUAACGAACAGCUUGCUCAAAUUAGCGCGCAAUACGACCGUCACAUCGAGGCCGCUCGUCUUGGUUCUCCUUCGGUUGAGGUUACUCGGCCUCCUCCCACGAGAGACGAAUCGCUACAGGGGAAGAAGAGCACAUCAUUUGACCGCAGCCGUGCUGAGCUCUCACCCAUGGCUUCAACGCUCAAUAUAUCUGCACCAAGCUCUGUUACCCUGGUGGAAGAGUCGGAGCCCAAGAUCGUCAAACUCAUCCGUCCCGAGACUGCUGAUAGCACGCCGAUGUCGAAGGCGGGCAAGGUCAUCAAAUGGGCUGUGUCUCGGACUAAGGAUGCAACCUCAGGUGGUGAUAAGGGCAAGGGCAGGCGGGAACACUCAUUCCACCAGACGAGCGUCCUGCGGUUCUCAAAAUGUGAUCAUUGCGGCGAGAAGCUGUGGGGCUCACAGUUCAAGUGCUCGGGAUGCCAUGUUUCAGUUCACCCUCGGUGCCUCAAUGCUGUCCAGAGCGCUUGUUCGCAGCAAUAUGCCACCCGAUACGAUCCAUCCGCUCAGCUGACAUCUAAUGUUCCAUCCAUGUUCGGCCGCGAGCUCAUUGAACAGGUUCAGUCAGACUGCAGAUUUGGCGAGCGCCAAAUUCCAAUUAUUGUUGAGAAGUGCAUCGAGGCUGUCGAAGAGAUCGCACUGGACUACGAAGGUAUCUACCGCAAGACAGGAGGCUCUGGGCAGACAAAGAUGAUCCAGCAGCUGUUCGAGCGUGGCGACUACGCUUUCGACCUCCGCGACACAGACCGUUUCAAUGACAUCUGUAGCGUGACAUCUGUCUUUAAGACGUACUUCCGCACGCUCCCGACUCCGCUCAUGACCUAUGACUUCCACGAUGCCUUCAUCUCUUCAGCGAGUUUGAAGGAUGCUGAGGUCAAGUCAGAAGCUCUCACUGACUUGAUCAGCAAACUUCCCGCUGAGCAUCAUGCCACGUUGAGGGCACUCAUGCUGCACCUGCACAAGGUAUGCAACCAUAGUGAAGUCAAUUUAAUGAACGCCAGGAACUUGGGCGUUGUGUUCGGACCGACCCUCAUGCGUGCACGCGAUCCUGGCUCCGAGUUCAGUGACAUGGCUGGCAAAGCCCUCCUUGUAGAAUGGCUCGUUGAAAAAGCACCCUCAAUAUUCUAGCUCGCCUACCCCUCCUCCGGCAGAAGUGAAUGGCCAGUAUCUUAUGUAUUCCUCAUUGUCUAUUGUACUGUACAUGCUUGCUGCACUCACUCCUACGGAACGGACUCUUUGCACGGCCCUCAUUGAUUUCUCCCCUUGUAGUAGUUUCACUUCGGUUUCUUCAUCCUUUGCUCUUUUCGUAGCUAUCAUUGUCUUCAAAUUUCCCUGUUGUGUUCUGGAGUCAGGGUUGGUUGACUAGGAUUGUGGAUACGGGUUUAGAUUAACACUAUACAUCUUACACGGCUGACUAGUGUGUGCUGCUUGAUUUCCUAUCUCUCCUCGCAAUGCACAUAUGAAUUCGAUUUAUUGUCUGGGCAGGAUUCAUUAUCAUUGACUGGGAUAAAACUCCCCCGAUAUAGCAGUGCGAAUAUUGAACAAGGACAACAAAGCAUGCUCAGGCCGUUUGCUCGCGGGAGCGUCGAGGGCGUGUAACGGGCUUCUCUGGUUUGAGGGCACAGAAGAGGAAGUGACGUCUUGGGCCGGACGCUGCCGCCGCUACCGCGGCAGCCCGCGCACCGAGUGCUGUGGCCGUCACGUUUGGCUCGCCACGGACGCCUAGGGAGAACAUGCGAUCGAAGAGCGUUGCUAUGAAAGCCUUCGCUGUGGUCUGACAGGCGAGGUGCGUGAGGGACAGCGGUGGACUAACACCUUCAAGGUUACGCAGAUAGCGGUAGACCAUUGACGGCUGACACGGACCUAGUACAUAGAUGAACGGAAUAUGUUUUGAAACGCCUACAUUAGCUAGUCACCACUCACCAAAGCGAAAGACGGCGUUAUAAGCCUGGCGCCAUUUUUCUUCAAGUAGUCGUGCGCAAUUCGCUGUAUCUGGACAUGUGCUGCAACACUGGUAUUCCUUUGCCAGCGGAACCAUGCCUAGUUUGAGCACUCUCUCCAAAAACCAGUUACGUCGCUUCUCAAGCUUCAGUAGCGUUUCGCAGGACAAGGUACUGAGCUCCUCCUCCGACCAGCCUCCUGGAUUGUCGAGCACGAAGCGGCUGGCUUCGCGAUAAAGCUCCUCCUCUUCAAAAAGCUCUGCUAUACGCAUGGCCUUGAUGGGACGGCCUGCGGCAUGAGUAAGCAGGAAAUUGAGACAGGCGCUCUGCAGUGCAGGAACGAGAAGCUUGUGUGAGAUGUUCAUCAGGCCCUCCACAUUGUUCCAGGUGAUAGUACAUUCAAGAUGGGGAUACACAAACUUGAGGAAGUCAUGAAAAGUCACUGCUCGCUCUUCUUUGAGGACAAUGAUCGCGUCCUGUCCUUCUUUGUCGGCCCUGUGUCGCUUGCGGACAGCAGCUCGAGCAGGCUGUGCUGCCCUACGAGCAGACACUUGAUCGUCUUCGCGCGAUUUGAACUUUCCUUGUGCCUGGGUACCCUUUGAUAUUUUCGUGGACUUUACUCCUUCAUUGGACGAUUCAGGUGAAUUGGGACGAGCGAGAGUUACGGGAGUUGAGGUUGAGGUCGAGCGGGAGUCUAAAGAGCCACUAGCACCCUGAAGCUUGGCAAGACUAUCAGAGCGUGCAUCGCGCGUUUGAACUUCGUCUUCACUCGUACCGCUCGCGCUUGCAUCGCUGCUAUCUUGUGACCGGUUGGGUCCCGGAGCGUCAUUGGCCAUUUUGGGUUGAUCUUCUGGCACGUCGGACAGGUCAGAGUCAUCGGCAUUGUCUGCGUCAGGCGAAGUGUCAUUCUCGGCGUCAUCGGAGGUGAAGACAGCGGAAGAAGGACGCGUCGAUCGUUCGGGCACGGAAGGCGGCUGGGAUAUGGUGAUAACGGAGGACAUGCUGGGCGGGCGACCGGUUUCGAGCCAACAGCCACUCAAGGCGGCCUCGAAGAAUGGAGAAGCAAAGUAAAGAAUUUCCUUGUGUGCCCAGAACGUGGUGCUCUCGACGACUAUCUUGACUGUCCCUGGAAAGCGACCUUCGCGAGUAAAUGUAGGAUUGAGCUCGAUGGGCUCUUCCUCAUAAAGGGAGAGCUCCUCAACGAGCUCAUCUGUCUCGCAUUCCUCGAGCAACCAAGGAGGAGAGCCCGAGCUAGACGGACCAGAUGCAGCUGUUGAACGAAAAAUGCCGGCUGCUGCUGCGUGUGUUUCUGUUGGUGAACUGAGAGCAGCGGAUGGAUUAUUGGGCCCCCGCGAAUUACGCGCAAUCAAGAUGUGGGACGGGUUCGUCGUCAUCACAAACCCAG